AUGGCAACGAUCCAGCCCAUCGAGGCUCGCUCAGUCCAUCAAAUUCAAUCAGGUCAGGUCAUCAUUGACCUAUGUUCCGUCGCGAAAGAGCUAGUCGAGAACAGUCUCGAUGCGGGCGCGACGACCAUCGAGAUCCGUUUUAGGAACAACGGACUGGAUUUGAUCGAGGUGCAGGACAAUGGAAGUGGCAUUUCACCAGAGAACUAUGAGAACGUCGCUUUGAAACACUAUACUUCGAAACUAUCCUCGUACGAUGACCUUACACGUCUUCACACGUUCGGCUUCCGCGGUGAGGCUUUGUCGUCUCUCUGCGCACUUUCCGACUUCCACAUCGUUACAGCGAAAGCAGAUCAAGUACCCCGUGCCAAUAGACUCGACUUCGAACCAUCCGGAAAGCUCAGUAAAACACAAAUCGUGGCAGGACAGAAGGGGACAACAGCAUCCGUGGAGGGGAUCUUCAAACGACUUCCCGUACGCCGGCGCGAACUGGAGAAGAACAUCAAGCGAGAGUAUGGAAAAGUGCUGAACUUGCUUCACGCCUAUGCCUGCAUCAGUGCUGGAGUACGUUUCAGCGUUCGAAACACCGUCGGGAAGACGAAGAACGUGGUGGUUUUCUCUACGAAUGGGAACCGCACGACGAAGGAGAAUAUUGCCAAUGUAUACGGCGCCAAAACUCUGUCUGCCUUGAUUACGCUUGACCUGAAGUUGGAAUUCGAGGCCUCGGCUGCGACCCGCUGGGCGGGUGACGCUGGGCGGAUCAAUCACAUGGAGGUUCGCGGUCAUAUAUCACGUCCUGUCUUUGGAGAAGGGCGUCAGACUCCGGAUCGACAGAUGUUCUUUGUCAAUUCUCGCCCAUGUGGAUUGCCACAGAUCGCAAAGGCUUUCAAUGAGGUUUACAAGUCGUUCAAUGUUUCGCAGUCGCCGUUCAUCUUUGCGGACUUCCAGAUGGAUACGAAUGCCUAUGAUGUAAAUGUGUCACCGGAUAAGCGGACCAUUCUACUUCACGAUGCUGGGGCUCUAAUUGAUUCAUUGAAGACUUCUCUUGCAAAGCUCUUUGAGACGACAGAUCAGACGGUUCCCCAGUCACAAGUGCUGGGUUCCAAGGCGCCGACGACCAAACAGCAGGCAUUAGCGUCACUUCCAGGGUUUGUUUCUGCCAGGAAAGUUAGUCGCAACGCUUCCGGGACCCCUUCAAAAAGCAGUCGAGAAGAGAGCGGGGAUGAAUCUGACGAAGAAGAGACAUCAAUACCUCCGUCGACGGUACGGGGCAUAACGAAGCAUUUCAUGAGCUCACAAGACACCUCAAGCCAAGUUGAUGUUUCAUCUCCAAUCAAACCCUUAUCCAGGGCACCUCGCGAAGCAUCAAAGCCGUCACUACCAGUCGAAAGUUCAGAGCCAAAGCCAGAUUCCACGCCUGUUGAGCCUGCUGCGGAGGGUCAGGAAAGGCCGCAAGACCAGCCAGCGAGACGUCCACGAAUGACCGACUCGCCUGUGGAGCUUCCAUCUCAACGAUCUGAAGAUGACCAGCCCCUUUCCCAUCAGUCGCAUUACACCGAAGAUACUCCUAAUGUUGUUCAAAACGCAUUUGAUCGUAUGCGCCCCCGUCGAUUGCCAGCUGAAAUGGCUACCAUUAGCAUUGGGGACCUCACGGUGACAUCCAUAGUCGGUGGUGGUCUUCCACGCAAGCGGACCUCUGAAAUGGGGACUUCGACCAAGGAACAUCCAGGGAGGAGACGACGGAUCCACACGCCGUCUCGGCCUAAUAUAUUUGGAAAACAUAUGAAAGCCUUUUCGGCCCCGGGGACGCAGCCUGAAGGGGAGGAGGAGGAGGAAGCCGAAGAGUCGGGAAGUGAAGUCAACGAAGAGGACACAAUUGACGAUGAAGCCGAGGAAGCGGAGAAUGAAGAAGAGGAAGACGGGGUACAGGAACAGGUAGAGGACGAAGAAGAGGAAGAUGUCGAAUACGUCCCAGAAGGGCACGAACACCGUCACGACGGUGAUGUUCGUAGCGCUCAAGAAGCUUACGAGGAAUCUGUCAGUGCAGAGGGGCCUUCGCUUGACGACGCCGAGAAGAAAGCACAAGAGGACGCACUCGUCCAGCGCCUCAUCAACCAGGCUGAGGAAAAAGCCGUUCUUCCCUCUGAAAACAAUGCUAGCCGCGUGAAAAAAAUCAACAAGGGCGCCGCACAUCGUGACGCUACUGUCAACCUUGUCAGCACCAUCGAUGCGUCCAUGGCCCGACUCCAGUCGCAGAUGGCCAUGUUGCAGGAAACUCUACAGCCACGCGAUGCGUCGUCGCGUAAUGAUCAAGCGGGUCCCUUAGAUGGAACAAGCGCUGAAGACAGACUCUCGCUUACAGUGAGUAAAACAGACUUUGCGCGGAUGCGAAUCAUCGGACAGUUCAAUCUCGGUUUCAUCAUCGCCGUCCGGCCCGGUGUAGAUCACGACGAGCUCUUCAUCAUCGACCAGCAUGCUUCCGAUGAAAAGUUCAACUUUGAACGGCUACAGGCUGAGACGGUCGUCCAGAACCAGCGGCUUGUGCGGCCACAGCGCCUAGACCUGACUGCCGUCGAGGAGGAAAUCGUGCUCGAGAACCGAGCAUCCCUCGAAAAGAAUGGCUUCAUCGUGACGGUCGACGAAAGCGGCGACGAGCCCAUCGGACGCCGGUGUCAGCUAGUCUCACUGCCCCUGAGUAAGGAAGUUGUCUUCGGCUCGCGCGAUUUGGAGGAAUUGAUCGUGCUUCUAUCCGAAUCCCCCGUCACCAACGAGAUCUCCGUACCGCGACCGACCAAGGUACGCAAGAUGUUCGCGAUGCGCGCCUGUCGCUCAAGCAUCAUGAUCGGCAAAACCCUGACGACGAAACAAAUGCAGCGGGUGGUGCAAAACAUGGGAACCAUCGACAAACCAUGGAACUGCCCCCAUGGACGACCAACUAUGCGCCAUCUGAUGAGUUUAGGACAAUGGGAGGAAUGGGAUGAAUUCACAGAUGAAGAUGGGAAAAGAGAUAGUCUCAGUAUAUGGCGACAAUAUGUGGAGGAAGGGUGA